GGAGAGAAGAGAGGGAGUGAGAUGAGAGCGGAGAAGACGGAGCAGAGAUAGGGAGAAGAGAGAGAGAGGCGAAAGCGAUGGAAGAGAGGAGAGAGAGAGAGGAGAAGAGAGGAGGGGAAGAGAGAGAGAGAGAAGCGAGAGGAAGAGAGAGAGAGAGAGAGAGAGCGAGAGAGAGAAGAGACGGAGAGAAGAGAGAGAGAGGAGAGAGAGAGAGAGAGAUAAUGAAAUAUAUAGAGAGUAGAGAUAUAAUAUCUAUAGAUAUAUCUUCUAUAUUAUUAUCAUAUUAUGCAAUAUCUAAAUUGAUAUCUAUUGUCGCUAUAGAGUAUGAUAUAUAUGCUAUAUAUAGUCAUAUCUAAUAUAUAUCUAUAUACGAGUAUCAUACUCUGCUAUAGUUUAUCUUCUUCUCCUCUAUCUCUCUAUCUCUCUGUUGCCAGGCAGUGGCAGCAGUUGGGGGUAGCGGGGGGCGAGAGAACAGUGAUGGCAGCAGCAUUAGUGUUCCUCUGGCCGUGCCCACACCCUCCCCUCCCAGCCUGGGACCAGGUGAGCCUAGCGAUACAUCUCCUUUAGGUUAUCUUAGCAUUUAGCCUUCCAUUCUGUUAUUUUAGCUUUUCUGUUAGCUAAGCAUUUAGCCUUUCUGUCUAGCUUCUCUGUUAGUUUAGCAUUUAACCUUUCUGUCUAGCUUCUCUGUUAAUUUAGCAUUUCACCUUUCUGUCUAGCUUCUCUGUUAGCUUAGCAUUUAGCCUUUCUUUCUGUCUAGCUUCUCUGUUAGUUUAGCAUUUAGCCUUUCUUUCUGUCUAGCUUCUCUGUUAGCUUAGCAUUUAGCCUUUCUGUCUAGCUUCUCUGUUAGCUUAGCAUUAAGCCUUUCUUUCUGUCUAACUUCUCUGUUAGCUUAGCAUUUAGCCUUCCAUUCUGUCUGACCAGUCUUUCCUUUAGUAUAGCAUCUCCUACUUCUAUCAGACCUGCUUCUGGUUUUCUCUUCAACUUAGCAUUUGUUUGUUUAUUGUAUCAGCUUAUCAUAAUAUGCAUACCCUUACGGAAAAACCACGAGUUUCAUGUGAAGUGUUCCAAAAAAACAUGUUUUCAUGUGAUAACGUGAUCUUAUGUAAAGCAACAUGUGACAACAUGAAACUACACAUGAUGAAACGUGAUCACAUGUGUUCCAAAAAAACAUGCUUUCACAUGAUUUCACAUGUGAAAACAUGCAGUGGCAGGUAGCCUAGCGGUUAAGAGCAUUGGGCCAGUGACCAAAAGGUUGCUGGUUCGAAUCCCUGAUCUGACUAGGUGAAAAAUCUGUCAAUGUUCCCUUGAGCAAGGCACUCUAGUUGUUCCGGUAAGUUGCUCUGGCUAAGAGCAUCUGCUAAAUUACAUAAAUCAUGUGGUUUUUCUUAGCAGCUUGUUUGUUCUGUCAGUUUGGAAUCUCUUUUGACAUACAGUAGUGUUUGUCUGUUUGUUUUAGCCUCAAAUUAUGCAUAAAUUGUCCAUUCAACACAGCUGUCCAUUAGGAUCCUGAUGUGGAUGCACAUUUUGAUUAGAUUUUGGCAGCACAUUAUCAUUAUCUUCCCAUGGAAGUAUUUUUUUCUGUCUGGUUGGUGUUGCAUUCUACCCACAGCUGAGUCGAUACCACCCACAUAUAAACAAAUGACCUAAGGUUGACUUCAGUGAAUUUGAAAGCCAAAUACUUCUCUACUUCUCUUGAUCACUAGCUCACUCACACUCCUUCUUUCUCCCUACCCCUCUCCCCUCCCCCCAACCCAACAACCACAGCAGCAGCAGUCCACCAAGGCCCAGGCCUGGGUCCCAUCCCCAUGGCCCAGUUUGGCACCAUCUCACGACAGGUCUCCCGCCACAACUCAGCCACCUCCUCAGCCUCCAUGGUGUCGGCCACGGGUACCUACCGCCGAGCGCCCUCCGGCACCUCCCAUUUCUCCAUGUCCCAGCAGCCCCACCUCAAUGGGGGCCCUGCCUACCCCCAGAACUCAGGUAAGACCAUCGAAAGGAGUUUUGUUGUAUUAUGGUUGAAGGAAUGUUGUGUCUGACUAAAGAACAACGUCAAUAGACCGUCGGCUCCCGGAUAGGAGUCAGUUUGAGGUAGCUCACUUUUAUUUCAGCUAAAAGAGGAGGAAAUUCAGGGCAGUGGAAGACAUAAAUCCACACACAAGGGGAAAUCCAGGACACACAUGCGGUAUACACAAGCCCAUAUUAGCUGACAGACAAGAGGAGAUUUAGGACGAACGUCGCAGACAUCAAACCAAGGCAUACUGUCAGUAUCUUUGUUAGCAUAACAUUGACCCAUAAGAGGUGGACAAGUCUGGGGAGGGGAGACAGUUUUACCUUUAUUUAACUAGGCAAGUCAGUUAAGAACAAUUUCUGAAGGCAGCUCUAUGGCUGUGCCCAGGUGACUGGUCUAUCUAUCUGAAGGCGGUAGGGUUGGGCGGUAUCCAGAUUUUCAUAUCGUCAUACCGUCCUUCUCUCAUCCUGGGAUAUACGGUAUUAUCGGUUUGGUACACAAGGUGGUGCCAUCUAUUACCAGAAAUUAGCGCAAGUAAUUUAGCGAAUUUCCAUGGAGACUGCUAGCUAAAUAUGCUAACGAGCGCAAACAAAAAUAAACGAAUUGCAAAGACAGGCAAUCCAGUUCAUAAAGUUAUACAUAUAUAGGUAGGAGCUACCGAAUGUCAUUUUUGGUGAGUUUGGACCAGUGAGUCGGUGCCGUUUUAAGAUGAGGGAGGAUGAUCAUUUUUUAAAUGAACAUGGCCGUAUUUCUAUUCCAGCAUAUUGGAUGACUGUCAUUCAUAUUCCAUUCAGUCAUCUUUAAUGUAACAUCGAUAGGUUUAGGCUACUACAUGAUACUCAAAUUUUCCCUGUACCCAUCAUGAGGUUGCUACAACCUAGCCUAUGAAUUAAAGUUUACACAGGUCGAGAGAAUUUUGAGUAAUCAAGGUGACAGACAGUGACACAUUCAAUACCGCGUUGCACACUCUUGCCUGCAUCUAGCUGAUCUAGGGUGUUUGAGUAGGAUGUUUGAGUAGGCCAAACUAGCUAGCUGCAUCCGAUGCGAGCAAAGUAAGUGAAAGUGAAAAAAUAUAUAUACUACAAAAUAUAGCUAGCUCUCUCUCUCUUGCUUCUCCUUCAUUUAGGAAGAAAUUAAUUUGUUCAAAACUGUUCAACUAUUGUCUUUCUCUCUCUUUGAGUCAACUACUCACCACAUUUUAUGCACUGCAGUGCUAGCUAGCUGUAGCUUAUGCUUUCAGUACUAGAUUCAUUCUCUGAUCCUUUGAUUGGGUGGACAACAUGUCAAUUCAUGCUGCAAGAGCUCUGAUAGGUUGGAGGACAUCCUCCGGAAGUAGUCAUAAUUACUGUGUAAGUCUAUGGAAGGGAGUGAGAACCAUGAGCCUCCUAGGUUUUGUAUUGAAGUCAAUGUACAAAGAGGAGGAUGGAAGCUAGCUGUCCUCCGGCUACACCAUGGUGCUACCCUACAGAGUACUGCUGAGGCUACUGUAGACCUUCAUUGUAAAACAGUGUGUUUUAAUAAAUUAUUUGGUGACAUAUAAAUAUAUUUGAUCUAAAAAUGAUAACUUUUUUAGUGUUUCACUAUUUUUAUUUUUAUGAAAUUCACUGAGGAGGAUGGUCCUCCCCUUCCUCCUCUGAGGAGCCUCCACUGGUUUGGACAUUUACAAGCAAAUGUGAACUCGACAAAUAAAGUCGCUAGGGCAACGGGCCUGCCUGCUCUGAGAAGAGAAGAGGGGGUAGGAGCAGACUGAGGGGCCGAGAACCGAGAGGAGAAAAAACUAAAGGAUAUCAAGAUAGCAGUGGCAGCUGUACAGAUAACUAAUCCAAAGGGCUUUGACUUCUCAAACACGGCAGAAAGCCCCGUCACCUUAUUAAUUUAGCCACUUACUUAGAUAGCAAGUGAAAUUAGGGGUCGUUUUAACGCAUAAUUCUAUGUUUUUCAUGCAGGGAAAGAAUAUCUUGCUGCGUUUUUUUAAAACACAGAUCUAAAAUGAUUCUUAUUGUAAUUUCUGCUCUGCAUCAGACUGUUGUGCUUCAGUUUCACUUCUAAACUCAGAUGAGACAUUCUAUCAGCAGACAUCGCUGUAAAGGAAAACAAGAUCACUCUAUUGAAGCAAAAAAAACGCUAUUGACUUUCAUUAUAAAACACGACCCCUGUCAGCACACAGCUGGACUCACCUGCUCCCACUUUCUCCUGUUGUGCUAUAACCGCAAAUGACCAACACGCAGUUGGUACAGGUGCACAGUUGAUGAAACCAAUGCUGCAAACUCCGGUUGUAAAACCGUCUCACAAGCGCUCAAAAUUGGCUAGAAUUCUCCUGUAUUCAAUACCGGCAAUGUAAUUCUGACAAAGUAAAAAAAAAUAUGAUUAGAAUAGCCUAAUUGACAAGUACACGGCCUUCAGAAAGUAUUCACACCCCUUGACUUUUUCCACAUUUUGUUGUGUUACAGCCUGAAUUCAAAAUUGAUAGAAUGUUAUGUCACUGGCCUACACACAAUACCCCAUAAUUUCAAAGUGGAAUUAUGUUUUUAGAAAAUUUUACAAAUUAAUUAAAAAUGAAAAGCUAAAAUAUCUUGAGGCAAUAAGUAUUCAACCCCUGUGUUAUGGCAAGCCUAAAAAAGUUCAGGAGUGAAAAUGUGCUUAACAAAUCACAUAUUAAGUUGCAUGGACUCAGUCUGUGCAAUAAUAGUGUUUAACAUGAUUUUUGAAUGACUACCUCAUCUCUGUACCCCACACGUACAAUUAUAUGUAAGAUCCCUCAGUUGAGCAGUGAAUUUCAAUCACAGAGUCAACCACAAAGACUAGGGAGGUUUUCCAAUGCCCCACAAAGAAGGGCACCUAUUGGUAGAUGGGUAGAAGUAAUAUCCCUUUGAGCAUGGUGAAGUUAUUCAUUACACUUUGGAUGGUGUAUCAAUACACCCAGUCACGACAAAGAUACAGGCGUCCUGCCCAACUCAGUUGCCGGAGCAGAAGGAAACCACUCAGGGAUUUCACCAUGAGGCCAAUGGUGACUUUAAAACAGUUACAGAGUUGAAUGGCUCUAAUAGGAGAACACUGAGGAUGGAUCAACAACAUUGUAGUUACUCCACAAUACUAACCUAAAUGACAGAGUGAAAAGAACGAAGCCUGUACAGAAUAAAAAAUAUUCCAAAACAUGCAUCCUGUUUGCAUUAAGGCACUAAAGUAAAACUGCAAAAAAUUGUGGCAAAGAAAUUAACUUUAUAUCCUGAAUACACAGUGUUAUGUUUGGGGCAAAUCCAACACAACACAUCACUGAGUACCACUCUUCAUAUUUUCAAGCAUGGUGGUGGCUACAUCAUGUUAUGGGUAUGCUUGUCAUCGGCAAGGACUAUGGAGUUUUUUUAGGAUAAAAAUAAAUGGAAUAGAGCUAAGCACAGGCAAAAUACUAGAGGAAAACCUGGUUCAGUCUGCUUUCCUACAGACACUGGGAGACAAAUUCACCUUUCAGCAGGACAAUAACCUAAAACACAAAUAUACACUGGAGUUGCUUACCAAGAUGACAUUGAAUGUUUCUGAGUGGCCUAGUUACAGUUUUGACUUAAAUUGGCUUGAAAAUCUAUGACAAGACUUGAAAAUGGCUGUCUAGCAAUGAUCAACAACCAACUUGACAGAGCUUGAGAAAUUAUAAAAAUAAUAAUGUGCAAAUAUUGUACAAUUCAGGUGUUCAAGGCUCUUAGAGACUUACCCAGAAAGACUCACAGCUGUAGUCGCUGCCAAAGGUAAUUUUAACAUGUAUUGACUCAGGCAGGGAUGUGAAUACUUAUGUAAAUUAGAUAUUUAUAUGUUACAUUUUUUAUACAUUUGCAAAAAUUCUAAAAACAUGUUUUCACUUUGUCAUUAUGGGGUAUUAUGUGAAGAUGGGUGAGAAAAUACAUAUACAGUGGGGAAAAAAAGUAUUUAGUCAGCCACCCAUUGUGCAUGUUCUCCCACUUAAAAAGAUGAGAGAGGCCUGUAAUUUUCAUCAUAGGUACACGUCAAAUAUGACAGACAAAAUUAGAAAAAAAAUGCCAGAAAAUCACAUUGUAGGAUUUUUAAUGAAUUUAUUUGCAAAUUAUGGUGGAAAAUAAGUAUUUGGUCAAUAACAAAAGUUUAUCAAUACUUUGUUAUAUACCCUUUGUUGGCAAUGACACAGGUCAAACGUUUUCUGUAAGUCUUCACAAGGUUUUCACACACUGUUGCUGGUAUUUUGGCCCAUUCCUCCAUGCAGAUCUCCUCUAGAGGUUUCGGUGCUGUCGCUGGGCAAUAUGGACUUUCAGCUCCCUCCAAAGAUUUUCUAUUGGGUUCAGGUCUGGAGACUGGCUAGGCCACUCCAGGACCUUGAGAUGCUUCUUACGGAGCCACUCCUUAGUUGCCCUGGCUGUGUGUUUCAGGUCGUUGUCAUGCUGGAAGACCCAGCCACGACCCAUCUUCAAUGCUCUUACUGAGGGAAGGAGGUUGUUGGCCAAGAUCUCGCGAUACAUGGCCCCAUCCAUCCUCCCCUCAAUACGGUGCAGUCGUCCUGUCCCCUUUGCAGAAAAAGCAUCCCCAAAGAAUGAUGUUUCCACCUCCAUGCUUCACGGUUGGGAUGGUGUGCUUGGGGUUGUACUCAUCCUUCUUCUUCCUCAAAACACAGCGAGUGGAGUUUAGACCAAAAAGCUCUAUUUUUGUCUCAUCAGACCACAUGACCUUCUCCCAUUCCUCCUCUGGAUCAUCCAGAUGGACAUUGGCAAACUUCAGACGGGCCUGGACAUGCGCUGGCUUGAGCAGGGGGACCUUGCGUGCGCUGCAGGAUUUUAAUCCAUGACGGCGUAGUGUGUUACUAAUGGUUUUCUUUGAGACUGUGGUCCCAGCUCUCUUCAGGUCAUUGACCAGGUCCUGCCGUGUAGUUCUGGGCUGAUCCCUCACCUUCCUCAUAAUCAUUGAUGCCCCACGAGGUGAGAUCUUGCAUGGAGCCCCAGACCGAGGGUGAUUGACCGUCAUCUUGAACUUCUUCCAUUUUCUAAUAAUUGCGCCAAACAGUUGUUGCCUUCUCACCAAGCUGCUUGCCUAUGUCCUGUAGCCCAUCCCAGCCUUGUGCAGGUCUACAAUUUUAUCCCUGAUGUCCUUACACAGCUCUCUGGUCUUGGCCAUUGUGGAGAGGUUGGAGUCUGUUUGAUUGAGUGUGUGGACAGGCGUCUUUUAUACAGGUAACAAGUUCAAACAGGUGCAGUUAAUACAGGUAAUGAGUGGAGAACAGGAGGGCUUCUUAAAGAAAAACUAGCAGGUCUGUGAGAGCCACAAUUCUUACUGGUUGGUAGGUGAUCAAAUACUUAUGUCAUGCAAUAAAAUGCUAAUUAAUUACUUAAAAAUCAUACAAUGUGAUUUUCCGGAUUUUUCUUUUAGAUUCAGUCUCUCACAGUUGAAGUGUACAUAUGAUACAAAUUACAGACCUCUACAUGCUUUGUAAGUAGGAAAACCUGCAAAAUCGGCAGUGUAUCAAAUACUUGUUCUCCCCACUGUAUAUACAUUUUGAAUUCAGGCUGUAACACAACAAAAUGUGGAAUAAGUCAAGGGGUAUGAAUACUUUCUGAAGGCCUCUGUAACUAUGCUGUCAAGAUGGCCCCUGAAUGCUGAGUUGCAGGGUUGGCAAGCCUGAACACCCAGUAGCUCUCCAUAUGGAGGGUUGACAAGUAAAAAAUCUGUCCUACUUGUCCGUAGGAGAAGUGGCUAAAAAAGUGAAUGCCUUUUGGUGGGAACAAUCUCUUAUAACACCAGGGUUGGGUGUAAUUGUUGUCUUACGUGUCAGCCGCCUUUCUGUAUUACACAAUAUUACACAGUAUGCUACAUUAAACACUAGAAGUUGGUUGUUUCUCCCAGCAGGAGAAACUGGACAAAACUAGUUAAAAUGGCAGUUUCUGAUUUAUAAUGAUGUACUUUCAACAUUUUCUGAUUAUAAUGAUGUAAUUUCAACAGUUUCUAAUUUAUAAUGAUGUAAUUUCAACAGUUUCUGAUUGUAAUGAUGUAAUUUCAACAGUUUCUGAUUGUAAUGAUGUCAUUUCAACAGUUUCUGGUUAUAAUGAUGUCAUUUCAACAGUUUCUAAUUUAUAAUGAUGUAAUUUCAACAGUUUCUAAUUUAUAAUGAUGUAAUUUCAACAGUUUCUGAUUGUAAUGAUGUAAUUUCAACAGUUUCUGAUUGUAAUGAUGUCAUUUCAACAGUUUCUGAUUGUAAUGAUGUCAUUUCAACAGUUUCUGGUUAUAAUGAUGUCAUUUCAACAGUUUCUGGUUAUAAUGAUGUCAUUUCAACAAUUUUCCCUACUGGGCCCAGUGGGCUGCCACCUGUUUCAAAUCAUUCGUAUAAUAUUGGGAACUACUCUGCAUGAAAUGGUACCUCAUUCAAGACAGUGUCUAUAGUGUGCUGUGAAACAUCAUGUUACAGCGCUGCAUGUUGUUUGUCUACAUACCAGGUGGCCAAAACUGGUUGAAAAGACGUCAUAAUGACAGAAUUUCAACCAGUUUGUGGUUGUGAUAACCUCAUUGCAACCAGUUUUGCCCGCUGGGCAUGUUUUAUUGUCUAUGGAGAACCAGCGUCCCACACAACAUUUCUAUUCUACUAGCUUUCUUAUUGUCUUGCUUCAGUGUCACUCUUUUUAUAUCUGUAACUUGCAACUAUCCUAGAUAAAAGAUACAUUUGGAAAAAAGCUGAAGCAAAAACACUAUUUACUCACAGACUACGUGUCUUACUGCUUUGUUUUGUUCUGUUCUCUGACAAGCAGAUUUCUCUGUUCCUCCCACUUUUUCUCCCCCCUCCCCCCACCCUCUUUCUGUCUCUCUCUCUCUGGUCUGUCUCUCUCUCUGUCUCUCUCUCUCUCUGGUCUGUCUCUCUCUCUCUGGUCUGUCCAUCUCUCUGUCUCUCUCUCUCUGGUCUGUCCACCUCUCUGUCUUUCUCUGGUCUGUCCAUCUCUCUGUCUCUCUCUCUCUGGUCUGUCCAUCUCUCUGUCUCUCUCUCUCUGGUCUGUCCAUCUCUCUGUCUCUCUCUCUGGUCUGUCCAUCUCUCUGUCUCUCUCUCUGGUCUGUCCAUCGCUCUGUCUCUCUCGCUCUGGUCUGUCCAUUGCUCUGUCUCUCUCUGGUCUGUCCAUCUCUCUGUUUCUCUCUCUGGUCUGUCCAUCUCUCUGUCUCUCUCUCUCUCUGGUCUGUCCAUCUCUCUGUCUCUCUCUCUCUGGUCUGUCCAUCUCUCUGUCUCUCUCUCUGGUCUGUCCAUCGCUCUGUCUCUCUCGCUCUGGUCUGUCUCUCUCUCUGGUCUGUCUCUCUCUCUCUGGUCUGUCCAUCUCUCUGUCUCUCUCUCUCUGGUCUGUCCACCUCUCUGUCUUUCUCUGGUCUGUCCAUCUCUCUGUCUCUCUCUCUCUCUGGUCUGUCCAUCUCUCUGUCUCUCUCUCUCUGGUCUGUCCAUCUCUCUGUCUCUCUCUCUCUCUCUGGUCUGUCCAUCUCUGUCUUUCUCUCUGGUCUGUCCAUCUCUCUCUCUCUCUCUCUCUGGUCUGUCCAUCUCUCUGUCUUUCUCUCUGGUCUGUCUGUCUUUCUCUGGUCUGUCUGUCUCUCUCUGGUCUGUCUGUCUGUCUGUCUCUCUCUCUGGUCUGUCCAUCUCUCUGCCUUUCUGUGUUGCUGCUUCCAGUGUCUGUGGCUCCUCCUCCUCCUCCUAUGGUCCAGCUGACUCCUCAGAUCCCUCUGACCGGCUUUGUGGCCAGAGUGCAGGAGACCAGU